UCGCGAGUGUCCAUAGUUGAUAUUCAAUGCGUAUCACGGUGUUCAACAAACGAUCAUGAGAGACCUAAACAAGAAAUUGAAUUCGCAGGACUCGAUGAACGGUCACGCGUACGAUUUGAUCUCCAACAACGAUCUCGACUCGUUAAACUCUCAUGUAAUCACUAUUACGUCAGUCUUUAUAGAGGGUAACUUGUAACAAAGAUUACCCAAUCGUCUUUAUCGUGGCGAUCGAAGAACGGAGAAAAUCGGAGAGAAAUAAUCAAAAUGCGAUUAAAGUUGCGCGGAACGAGCUUGACGAUUCGAUCGUCGUUGGAAUACGUCUUGUUCAAUUGUCUCCGGUUCUUCAAACAUCAGUUCGCGAUACUAUCUUCGAUCGUGCACGGUUUCCAUCGAAUCGAACGGACUAGAUCUCGAGAAAAAUCGUCGAUAGCAAUGAAUCUCUUUCCACAAGACGACGAGGAGGAGUCAUUGGUUGAUCCGGCCUGCUUAAAAGUCAAUCCACAACAAAUUACGUUCGAGGACAUCACGUCGGCCGCCUUCAAGAUCAAGUUUGGCGUGGUCAACACUCCCUGCGUGCGAUCGCAUCUGUCGGACAUAACUGCCAUGGAUCUAUACCUAAAGAAGGACUUUCUGCAAACGACUGGAAGCUUUAAAGAGCGAGGGGCGCGAUACGCUCUCGUGCAGCUGUCGGACGAACAGAAGAAAAUAGGCGUGAUAUCGGCGUCGUUAGGCAAUCAUGCCCUCGCUCUUUGCUAUCACGGCUUUAAACUAGGAAUAACGGUGACAGUGGUGAUGCCGGUUGUAGCACCGAUUAUGAAGAUUGCGGCCUGCCGGCAGUACGGUGCGAACGUGAUUAUCGAUGGAUCAGAUAUGGGAGAGGCCAAACGAAUCGCCCUUCAAUACGCCAAAGAAAAAGGAUUAACUUACAUAAACGGAUAUGACAAUCCAGACAUUAUAGCGGGGCAAGGAACGCUGGGCCUCGAAAUAGUGGAACAAGUAUCGGACAUCGACGCGGUGAUUGUUCCGAUAGGAGGGGGUGGUUUAAUCGCCGGCGUGGCGUUGGCCGUGAAGACUCUUCAUCCUCGCGUAAUGAUCAUCGGCGUUGAAUCGGAAAGGUGUCCCAGUUUCUAUGCGGCAAGAAAAGCGGGUCGACCGAUAUACACCCCUAUAGAGUCCACUUUGGCCGACGGUCUGGCGGUUCCCAUGGUCGGAUACAACGCCUUUGCCACGGCGAACCCGUUGAUCGACAAAUUGGUCGUGGUAAAGGAGGAGUGGAUAGCCAUUGCGAUCUUGAAGUUGGUCGAAAAUGAAAAGUGCAUCGUCGAGGGUGCUGGCGCGACCGGAUUAGCGGCUAUUCUGGCUGGCCAGCUGGAUGAGCUCAAAGGGAAAAGGGUUGUGUUGCCCCUUUGCGGAGGAAACAUCGACACGACCAUUCUCGGAAGAUGUCUAGAAAGAGGUCUGGCAGCGGAAGGUCGCCUUUUGAAGUUUACGGUGACGGUGUCCGAUCGACCGGGCGGAAUCGCAGAACUCUGCAGAAUGCUGGCCGACAUCGGUGUUUCGAUAAAGGAUAUCAUGCACGAGCGAGCUUGGAUCAUGUCGGACAUCUUCAGCGUGGACGUAAAGGUAGUCUGCGAGACUAGGGACAGGAAUCACGGGGAGCAACUGAAAAACAUGUUGCACGAGAAUUAUCAGAGAGUCGUUUUUGGUACCAGAGAUAUAUCAAUCCUAAACGUGUAACAUGCAGAUUUCGUGAAUCGAGACAGCGAAGAGAAGACGAAUUUUGCAUUAAUUUUCAAUUCUCCUGAGACUAUCCUCAGCCGAGAAACAGGUACAGAGACGAUAGAAUAACUAUUUCAUAAUUAUAUGCCACCACACGGUUACGUGUUGCGCGCGAUGCUUCCGGUUUAGGCGCGAUAUGAUUGGGUUUUUGCGUAAGCGACCGAUCGUAAAACGCGCUUUUACGAUCUUGAUUACGGUGCGACACCGAGUGCGGCUCUUAUUGCUCGACGAGAGAACGUGUUUAACAACUCUGAGCUGCUCGUUCCAGGGAAUUGCGUAUUUUUGUAGGCAGACGAAACGCGAAAUGCACAUAUUUGAGGGAAUACCAGAUGCGCUCUGACCCGGUCAAAGGUCGACGAUUUGCGAUUAUAAAAUUUGUUGCAUAGUUUAUUCCAAUCAAAACAAGUGACGUAAUUACGAAUAAAUAUGAUUACAUAGUUUUAUGAAAGCGGCGUAAACUUGACGGACAAUUUUCCUGAUAUCGAUGCAUUUUUCCGGAUCCCUAAAAAAACUGCUGUUGUAGGAAUAUCUAUAAUAAUAUUUCUCGUUCUAGUUAUUCGUAAUUAAUUGUUCGUUUCGCACAAAGAAAAAGCGAGGAAGAAGUAUUAUUCUUUAGUUUGAGUAAAUUCUUUUCCGUUUGCUGGAGAAGAAAGUGAGAAGGACGUCGGAAGCUUCUUUAGAACAUUCACGAUAGCGCGAUAAUAUUAUUUCGCUUGUCUCUUUUUCGAAGAAACGGAUCUUAAUAUUACUCUUGUCGGGUCAAUUUUAACCAGGUCGUGGAAAAAGCAUUUUCCUCGGCUGGAAAAAUAAAUUCCGCGUUUUCAACGAACCUUCUUGCGUUUCCGCCCGAGUAUUUCCAUAAAGGACGCGGCUGUCGGGGGAUUAAUGUAUCUUUACGAUGCUUCCACUACGGUUUCGUUACGUUGCCGCCCCGAAGAAUAUAUCGUACGUGUUACACCGUUCGCGGGGGGGACGCGAGGGUAGAUAGGAGAACGGCCUAUCGUAAAAGGGGCCGACUUCUGAAGUUCCUUUCAGCCCCGGUUCACAAUACAUGACGAUAUGUCACCUUUCUAAUAUCGGACUACUCCGGAUGAGUUACGACACGUGAACCAUCCAGAGAGGGAAGCUGCGAGCGUGGCUCCCAGCAACGAAACAUCCUUUCUUUCUCCGUCUUUUCACAUCGCCGGUGUUUCAGACGCUGGGGAACAGAAGGAAAUGGGACAGAGAAAGAGAAUUGGAGCAACGUCGCGCGUCCCCGGAAAACUACUUCGUUCCAUAUAUCAAUUUCGUCCAAAGAAAUCGCGAAAUUCGGGAACGUCGCUCCACAGGAGAAUAAUCUUCGACCGUAGAUUUAACGUUUAAAGUAGCUGAUCUACUAGUCGAUCACUUUGCGAGGAACGUCGAUUCUUUUAACGAAAAACUGUCUUUAAAGCGAACAAAGACAAAGAGGUUCCUUUUAAAUUAACAUUAUUGAAAAUUAGUAGGUAUCUUAAAACUGAUCGAUUAUUCGGUUAACACUUAAUUUUUCGCGUUCUCCCUAACAUUCGGAAUUAUGGCUGUUUUCGACCGAGAUUCAACUUAUACCGAUUUUCCGAGGAUACGGAUUAAGGGCGGCUCAAGUUUUCGGUAAAAUUUUUUCUAGCCUUUCCUCCUCUCCCUUACUUUCUGGCCUCUCACAAUUCUUCUCGUUUUCGGAGCGAGGGAGAAGUGCGGCGAAACGAAAACGAGAAAGAGUACGGUCGCGCGCGCGAGAAAAAAAAUGGGGGAAAGUGGCGGCGGCCUGAAUUUACAGCAUUUAAUAUCGGCAAAAUGAAGUACGAGCCCGGACCGAAAGCGGGCAAGGAGCCGCCAUUUUGUGGCAUCGAUAAAUCCAUUUUAUUGCCGUGGCUUGUAGGUGGGCGGUCUGACGCCGGUUACGCGCGCGUUGCCUACGCCUAUGCCUUUUCGGUGUAUAACAAACAGCGAAUAAAAACUAAU